GUGUGUAGGGUUUUAGGUUUCUGAAAGCCUAAAUAUAAGAGCCGCAAGCUUCUCAGCAUCUCUAUUUUCCUUCACUGUCCGACGCUGCUCUCUCUUCAUCGGAGGUUUGGUUUAUAUCUUGAACUAGAUCCAAGAAGAGAAAAUGUCUGGUGAAGAGGCUGUUGUUGCUGAGACCCCAGCUCCCGCUCCCGCUCUUGGUGAGCCCAUGGAUAUCAUGACGGCAUUGCAACUUGUCCUCAGAAAAUCACGGGCUCAUGGCGGGUUAGCUAAAGGUCUUCAUGAGGGUGCAAAGGUUAUCGAGAAGCAUGCUGCCCAACUCUGUGUAUUGGCAGAGGACUGCGACCAACCAGACUAUGUGAAAUUGGUCAAAGCGCUAUGUGCUGAUCACAAUGUUAACCUGAUCACAGUUCCUAGUGCCAAGACCCUCGGCGAAUGGGCUGGUCUGUGCAAGAUUGAUUCAGAAGGCAAAGCAAGGAAAGUUGUUGGUUGCGGUUGUGUUGUCGUAAAGGAUUUUGGAGAGGAAACAGAAGGACUCCACAUUGUUCAGGAAUAUGUGAAGUCUCACUGAGUGUGACCAAGCAUUGAAUUAGUCUUUGUAGUAAACAUAUGGAUUUCUCUUUAGAGAGCGUUUAGCUUGUUUUUGAAGAUGCGAUUGGAACAUUUUUGAUUGUUAAACAACCAGAUUUUGAUAAUUGCUUGUAGGCAUUUAUGCUUCUGUUUGUGUCUUCUUGAAUUUAAUGUCUUUUGGACCCUA